CUUAUUUGUUAACCAGAUGUCACUAUCAAUUUCUCAAAAUUCUAUCUUUCUUCUUCACCUGAUUCAGGGAUUAAUUAUUCUCAUCACAAAUUGUGCGUUUUCUCCUCGACUGAAGCAUGGAAGCAGAAGUAAUAGACUCCAUUACCGCCAGAAAAGUUCAGAAAGCUGACCGUGAGAAGUUGAGGAGGGACCGCCUGAACGAGCACUUCAUGGAGUUGGGCAACACGCUCGUGUUGGCAUUGCUUGCAGACCCGGACAGACCGAAAAAUGACAAAGCUUCCAUUCUAACCGACACGAUUCUAAUGCUGAAGGACUUGACUUCGCAAGUCGACAGACUGAAAUCCGAAUAUGCAGCACUUAACGAAGAAUUCCGUGAGCUGAUUCAAGAGAACAAUGACAAAUUUAACGAUCUCCGAGAAGAAAAGGAUUCUCUCAAAUCCGAUAUUGAGAACCUCAAUGCACAGUACUCUCAUAGAAUGCGAGCCAUGUACCCGUGGGCUGGGAUGGAUCACUCGGUCGUCAUGCAUUCGUCCACUUAUCCAUAUCCUGUGCCUAUGCCCAUAACCAUGCCAGCUGGCCCAAUCCCUUUGCACCCGUCUCUACAGCCUUACCCGUAUUACAAUAACCAAAACCCGCCCGUCGUUCAUAAUCCGUGCUCCACUUACAUCCCGUACGUGGCUAAUAAUGCCGUGACUGAACAUCACUCGACUCAGCAUGCCGUGCCACAAAGUAACAAUAGGUCCAAUGGUUUGGGCAAACAGGGCCCAAGGUAUAAAAAUUAUGAUGGGGAGAGUAGAAUAGAGAAAAGUGAUGACUCGAAUGACAUCACUACGGAUCUAGAGCUUAAAACGCCUGGAUCUACAUCCGAACAGGAUUCCUUGAAGCAAAAGAAAGCCAAAAAAAUUAAGGAAGUCGCCAUUACAGAUGCAAGCUCUUCGAGUGCGUGUUCCUCAGCUCAAGGCAUGCAGACAAUCUCGUCCAACAGUGUCGUUGGUGGCAAAACAACAGAUAACUGACAAAGGAAAAAAAGGAUCUUUUGUU